AGAUAGAAGGAGGUGGGGGGAGCAGACUCCCUCCUCCCUCAGUGCCCUAAGCCAUGCAGAUAUUGGUGGAGCCUUUGUGCGCUCACAGAUUUUUCUAAGUUUGCUGUGGUGCUGCGAGGAGCGAGAAUCAAAGAGUGGAGGAUUUAAAAGGGUUUUUAUUACUUUCCUGAUGACAGCAGUCAUGGAGCCCACAGUCCUGGUGCCUCUUCUUUCACUUCUGAUCAUUAAGUUGGGAUAUGCAGAUCACGACGAAAACCUCCACACAGCCUCUCCUGUAUCAGCAGGAGAAGUUCCCGUGGGUCCAGUCGGAGCUGAUGUGCUGAGCUCGAACCAGAACCACAGCAUCCAGGCCUGGAUAAGGUCUGACACACACUCCAAAUCCAGUGCCAGCAGCUCUUUGAGCAACAAUGCAACUGUGGAAACGACAAACAGUUCUGGGCUACUCCAACCAGCAGAUUAUAACGUCCCAGAUGUUGAAACUAAAGAUGUUCCAGACAGAAAUGAAAGAUCCACAAUCCAGACGCCAUUGCAUCCUCCAGGUGUUCCUUCUGAGAGCCUCUCCCCCAGCUCUCACGCCCCCCCUUCGCCAAAUACAGGAGUCACACACACAGCUACCCAUGCCACCGUGAACGCCACGCUCCCAACAAAUGACGGCAACACUUCAAGCCAUCCUGCAGCUUUGGAUCAUGUCCUGGUGGCAACAUCAAAGCCACCCACUCAGACGGACACAGCUUCAACGCCAACAACGGCUGAGCUUAAGGUUUCAUUAACGAGCUCUGGCUCUCCUCAUGAGCCAUCCGGUUCCCCUCUGUCAGCGACUCCGCCAUCCAGCAGGCACGCUGAGGCCUCCAGCGAGGCGCAGCUGAAGCCCACUGCUCAAAGUGACACCUUCACCCAGACCAAAGCCCACACAGGGAGACCAGCCCAGCUCAACAUGGGCGGAGACACAGUGACGACCAACAAAACUCCCACGUUGGACCCCCUCCUGGCCGGCCUGGUGUCAGCCUUCAUCCUCACAGCUGUCAUCAUCACAUUGCUUCUCUUCUUCAAACUGCGGCGAAGAGACAGCCGGCCAGAGUUUCGCAGGCUGCAGGACUUACCCAUGGAUGACAUGAUGGAAGACACCCCCCUUUCCAUGUACAGCUAUUGAUAGAGGCUCUUCAGACGGAUGGGCAGCCAGAUGUCCCCUCAUGGAUCCAGAAUCAAGUCACUGUUACUGCAGGACCUGGACUCUUCUACUUCUCUGCAAUAAGCAGAGGAAAAGAUGGAAGCACGUGGCCGGAUCCCUGCUACUCUGAUUAUUGACAUAAACAGUGGGAAGGGGACACAGUCAAUGGACUCCCAAAAAUAACGGAUCCCCUUUGAAAAAGCCUUUUUUUUUGGGUAUUGCAUGUGUGUAUGUGCACAAUUGGUGGUAGAGUUCUGUGGAUUUGACAUCUAAAUAAGGACACAAUACCAUCUGGUGUAUCAAAGGAAAAAGACAGAGACUGGGCCUGCCCUGACAGAUUCCCACCUGCCGGCAUAGAUGUCCGCCCCCACCAAUCAGAAGAAAAAAAGUGACGAGAUUAUUUAAAAAAAAAAAAAAAAAAAUAAGUUCAUAGUUUUUCAAAAGUUGCACUUUACUUAUCAGGAGUAAGGAAGAAACAAGUGUAAAUUCUUUUUGUGCAGAAUUUUUUUGAGAAUAGAUUUACCAUGGGAUUGUUUGAGGAUGUAAGAGAUUCUGGAGAUGUUUGCUGUGUUCUUUGAAUGUUUCUUUUCUUUAAGUUCUGCUAAUUUUAGAUCUGAAUUUCAUGUUUUUAUUCUAAAACUCCCUUUAGAUUUUAUUGCAGGUGAAAGUACCUUCAAAUCAUGUUACCCCAAUUUCUGAAUUCUGCUUUUAUGUGCCAGAUAAACUAAUUUUUACCAUUACCCCGCUAUUGUGAAGGUAAUGUCAACGCCAUUUAAACAGACUCAAAAGGCGCAGUGGUUCGUUUUGAAACCUUGAUCAUGUUCACUCCUUCACAGACAGCUGAAACAUUUGCAUCGUCCUACGCACUGUAAAUACGACUGAUGAAUGCGCCAUGAAAAGCAAGUCUAAACUCUUCACCACACAUGCUCAUUUUAGGAGUGGAUCACCCGUUCCCCCCUACUGUGGAAGUGCGUAAGUAAAAAAAUAAAAAAUAAAAAAGAGUAGGAAAGAGCAGCUGCAGCUUUACAGUCCGCAUGUUGUGUGUGCAACCCGGAAUUUAAACUGAUGGCUGUUCAAAAUAAAAUGUCCUGCUUUUUAAAAUCCUGUAAGUGAAUGCAAUGAGUUUCCUUUUAUGUGAAAUAUGGACUGCUGUUGGCUUUUCAUUAAACUGAUUUUAAAAA